GAGGAGAUACCGCAAGAUAUCGCGAGACUGACAGCUUGGACGUCGCUGCGGUGCAUUACAGAGCAAUCUUUAAAUUAUUUGUAAAUAUUACGUAAAUUGAGACAUGUCGCAUUUUAUUUAACGUGUUUAUUUCACGGGGGAAGUUUUCCAGCAGUGUCUCGCGCUGGGACAUGGAGGCCGGCGAAGGUGUCAGCGGGGCCACACCCACAGAGGAGAUGAACGGAGCGGGAAACUUGAUGGAUUUCCUGGACGAACCUUUUCCCGACGUGGGGACGUAUGAAGACUUUCACACCAUCGACUGGCUCAGGGAGAAAUCCAGAGACACAGACCGACACCGCAAGAUUACCAGUAAGAGUAAAGAGUCUAUGUGGGAACUGAUCAAGAGUCUGCUGGACGCCUGGUCAGGAUGGGUGGUCAUGCUGCUCAUUGGACUGCUCUCAGGUACGCUGGCCGGUGUCAUCGACCUGGCCGUGGACUGGAUGACGGACCUGAAGGAAGGCGUUUGUCUGUCGGCGUUCUGGUACAGCCACGAGCAGUGCUGCUGGACGUCCAACGAAACCACGUUUGACGACCGCGACAAGUGUCCGCAGUGGCAGAAGUGGGCAGAGCUGAUGACCGGCCAUGCUGAGGGAGCAGGAGCGUACUUGCUGAACUACUUCCUGUAUGUCAUGUGGGCUCUUCUGUUUUCAUUCCUCGCUGUGUCACUGGUGCGAGUCUUUGCUCCGUACGCCUGCGGUUCAGGAAUCCCAGAGAUUAAGACGAUCCUGAGCGGCUUCAUCAUCCGUGGUUACCUGGGGAAAUGGACACUACUGAUUAAGACGGUCACUCUGGUUCUGGCGGUGUCGUCCGGUCUCAGCCUGGGGAAGGAGGGUCCUCUGGUCCACGUGGCCUGCUGCUGCGGGAAUCUCUUCUGCAGUCUCUUCUCCAAGUACAGCAAGAACGAGGGCAAGCGAAGAGAGGUGUUAUCAGCCGCAGCAGCUGCCGGUGUGUCGGUGGCGUUUGGAGCGCCCAUAGGAGGAGUUCUUUUCAGUCUGGAAGAGGUCAGUUAUUAUUUCCCUCUGAAGACUCUGUGGCGCUCCUUCUUCGCCGCUCUGGUCGCCGCCUUCACGCUGCGCUCCAUCAACCCGUUUGGCAACAGCCGGCUGGUUCUGUUCUACGUGGAGUACCACACGCCGUGGUACAUGGCCGAGCUGGUGCCGUUCAUCCUGCUGGGUGUGUUCGGCGGCCUCUGGGGGACGCUCUUCAUUCGUGCUAACAUCGCCUGGUGCCGCUGCAGGAAGACCACGCAGCUGGGGAAGUACCCGGUCCUGGAGGUCAUCGCGGUGACGGGGAUCACGGCUGUGCUGGCUUUCCCGAACCCGUACACCCGCCGCAGCACCAGCGAGCUCAUCUCGGAGCUCUUUAAUGACUGCGGCGCCCUGGAGUCGUCGCAGCUCUGCGAUUACAUCAACAAUCCCAACAUGAGUCGACCGUUGGACGAUAUUCCAGACCGUCCUGCUGGACCCGGCGUCUACAACGCGUUGUGGCAGCUCGCCCUUGCUCUCGUCUUCAAGAUCGUCAUCACCAUCUUCACCUUUGGCAUGAAGAUCCCGUCCGGACUGUUCAUUCCCAGCAUGGCAGUGGGAGCGAUCGCCGGGCGGAUCGUGGGAAUUGCGGUGGAGCAGAUGGCGUAUCACCAUCACGACUGGAUCAUCUUUAAGAACUGGUGUCGUCCCGGUGCUGACUGCGUCACGCCGGGACUCUACGCCAUGGUGGGAGCCGCCGCCUGCCUGGGCGGAGUCACCAGGAUGACUGUGUCCCUCGUGGUCAUCAUGUUCGAGCUCACUGGUGGGUUAGAGUACAUCGUCCCGCUCAUGGCCGCCGCCGUCACUAGCAAGUGGGUGGCUGACGCCUUUGGGAAGGAGGGAAUUUACGAGUCACACAUUCAGCUCAACGGUUACCCUUACCUGGACGUCAGGGACGAGUUCACGCACCGCACGCUCGCCACAGACGUGAUGCGUCCGCGCAGGAACGACCCGCCUCUGUCCGUCCUGACGCAGGACUCCACCACGGUGGAGGACGUGGAGGCGCUCAUCAAAGACACGGACUACAACGGUUUCCCUGUGGUCGUGUCCAGAGAGUCAGAGCGGCUCAUUGGCUUCGUCCAGCGCCGGGAUCUCACCCUCGCUAUCAAAACAGCCCGUCAGAAGCAGGACGGCGUGGUCAGCAGCUCCGUCGUCUACUUCACAGAGGACGCGCCGCAGCUGCCGGCCAGUAACCCGCAGCCGCUGAAGCUGCGACGCAUCCUCAACCUCAGUCCCUUCACCGUCACCGACCACACGCCCAUGGAGACGGUGGUGGACAUUUUCCGUAAGCUGGGUCUCCGUCAGUGUCUGGUCACCAGGAGCGGGCGUCUCCUGGGCAUCAUCACUAAGAAGGACGUCCUGCGUCACAUGGCUCAGAUGAUGAACCAGGACCCAGAGUCGAUCAUGUUCAACUAGCAGCACCGACGAGGUGUGAAAAAAGAAGAAAGUGGUGCAAAGCUACUGUCCUCGUAAACCUGUGAGACGCCCCCUACCUUUCACCUGCCGACACUGCAGCUCCGCCCUGCUCCAUGUGUUUUCAACCUUCAGAACAUCGACAAGUGUUUGUGGCGAGAGGAGGUGGAGCCAGUUAGAGGUGACGAAAACUUCCUGUUGUUGUUGUUUUUCUGCCACCAGGUGUCGCAGAGUGAAUCAUUUUGUUCAGUGCUGCUAAUUCCAUUUAUGUGUUGUUUUUUUUAUUAUUUAUAAAAAAAAAAAUGUGACACUAAAGAGAAACACUAAGACUGACGCAGCUUCAAUCACAUGAUCUGGUGGUGUCUUAUCGCACGGCAGUGAGGUCAUCAAGGCUUCAUAUUCUCCUGCCUGUGGUAAAACAGUACGUUAGAAAAAGAAGUUGAAUGGGGCCAUGACAGUUCAGAGAGUACUGUACAAACCUGGUUUUAUUGGGGACUAUUGCACUUUGCUUUGUUUUGGUUUGGGGUUUUUUAAAUUAGGUGCUGCCAUAUUUAUAUUAAAGCUGCCUGUGUCCGUUUUUGUUAAUUUAAUUGUGUCAAAAGAUGUGAUUUAGUGUGAAUCUCUGCAGAAACAAAAAUGUAGUUUCUUAUCUCGACACAAACACACUGACAGCACUGUAGUUUAACUGUUUUCUCAUAAGCUAAUUAUUGUUUUGCGUAGAUUUUAUCAUAUUUAAAUGAUCAUAAUAUGUCCAGAUUAAGUGUACAGGCAGAUGUUGGCUCAGAAUUUCACGUUUGAUGGAAAUGAUUGCGACGUAAGUGCAAUGUUGUUGCGAUAUUUGUCAAAACAUUGUCUUUGAAAGUCAUUAAACUCGCCUCACUUUACACUUUUGUUAGAAACUUUGCAGUUUUCGAUUGUUUCAUAUCAAAAUAAAUCACAACAAACCUCUUUUUAUUUAUUUAAUCGUUUGAAAAUGAAGGAAAAUCACGACUAAGUGUCUUUUUUAGCUGCUAAUGUUUCCUCCUUAUCAAAAUCAACAUUGGGCGUCAAAAAGAUUCCUGAGAUUUCUGUGUCAUCGUUAUUUUUGUGGUGGAGAAAAACUAAAACUUUGCGCUUCAGAACAAAAGAAGUAAACACUUGGUGUCGUCAAAGCUCA